UUGUAAGCAAGAAGUAGUACUCCAGUGUCGACUUAUUUAUAUUAAUUAGAGUAUUUAUCAGAAGCAUUUUAUAUUGAUCCAAGAUGGCACAUACUUUGAGCGGAAAAGUUGCUUUGGUAACUGGUGGCGCCAGUGGCAUCGGUGCAGCUACAGUGAAAUGUUUAUUAGAAGAAGGUGUUAAGCAUGUAGCAGUAUUGGAUGUAGCUGAAGAAGCAGGAAUAGCUUUACAAAAUGAGUUAAAUACAAAGUAUGGAGAAACUAAAGUAACGUUUAUAAAAGGUGAUGUUACUGAUAAAGAAACGCUGAUAGGAACAUUCAAAACAGUUCAAGACCGUAUUGGUUACAUAGAUGUGGUUGUAAACAAUGCUGGUAUUUUAGAUGAUACUCUAGAAAAUUUUGAAAGAUCGAUAAAUAUUAAUUUAACAUCUCUUAUAAGAAGCUCUUUAUAUUCAUGGAAAAUUAUGCAUAAAGAGAGAGGUGGAUCAGGUGGUACAAUUAUAAACUAUAGUUCAAUUGCAUCAUUGGCAAAAUAUAAUAACAUUCCGGUUUAUAGUGCAACCAAAAGCGCUGUACUAACAUUCAGUACUUGCUUGGGUGAUGAUAAACAUUAUUCAAGUAGUGGUGUUCGUGUAUUAACUGUAUGUUUUGGUGCAACUGAUACACCUAUUGUAGGAGAUUUUAACAGAGCUUUUGAUGAGUCAGCUCUAUUAAAUUUUGAUGAGAUGUACUUGCAAAGUACUGAAUCAGCAGCCAAAGCAGUGAUAGAAGCAUACAAACAAGGAGCAAGUGGUAGUGUAUGGUUUUCCUAUGAAGAUAACCCAGCACGUGACAUAACUGAAGAGCAUAAUAAGAGCAUGGAAUCUUAUAUUGAUUGUAUUAAAACUACUAAAAUUAUUUUAUUUCAGAUUUUACUCGUGAGAUAUUGUUUCAGGAUGGCAUACAGUUUAAAUGAAAAAAUAGUAAUGUUGACCGGCGCAGCUAGUGGUAUUGGUGCAUCUGUAGUGAAAUAUCUACUUAAUGAGAAUGUGAAGCACGUAGCAAUCUUGGAUGUGUCUGAAGAAGCUGGGAUUGCUUUAAAAAAUGAAUUAAACUCACAGUACAACGACAAUAAAGUAACCUUCAUAAAGUGUGAUGUUGCUGACAAAGAGAAUCUUCUACAAGCUUACAAAGUGAUAAACGAUGAAAUCGGCUACAUCGAUUUGGUUAUAAAUAAUGCUGGGAUUUUAGAUGACAGUCCAGACUCCUAUGUGAUGGAAAUUAAUAUUAACCUGAUAUCUGUAAUUACAAGUUCUUUGCAUGCUUGGAAAGCAAUGCAUACAAAUAAAGGUGGAAAAGGUGGUACUAUAAUAAAUGUUAGUUCAGUAGUGGCUCUAACAUAUGCUGCAAAUGUACCAAUUUAUUGCACUACAAAAAUUGGUGUACUAAAGUUCAGCACUUCAUUAGGUAACAUUAUGCAUUAUUCUAGAAGCGGUGUUCGUGUGCUAUGUAUUUGUUUUGGCCUGACAGAUACGCCUUUGUUGACUAAUCUGCAUGGGCAACUCUUUGACAAGGAUGCAGAAGACUCAGUGACAGGAGAUUUGAUUAAGCAUAAGUCGCAAAGUGUUGAAUCAGCAGCGAAAGCAGUGAUAGAAACAUACAAACAAGGAGCCAGUGGCAGUGUCUGGAUAUCUACCAGCGAUAAGGCAGCUAUGGAUGUCACCAAUACUUACGAUAAAAGCGUUCAAAUGUUUGAUGAUUAUGUUUAUAAUUAAAAUUAUAUCAAAGUUUAACUAUAAAGUUAAACCAUAAGAAACUGUUGCAAUGUUUACAAUAUAACAAAUUACUUAUUGAAAUUAUUAAAACAUAAAAGUUAACUUUAAAAAAAGGUUGUUGCCUUUGAAGAGUAUUUCCAAAAUUUUCCUAUUCACAGCCCAGAGCAACGUUCUAUUUGAAUUUAAUUCUAUAAUUAUUGUAUAUUUAUGAACUUUCAUAUUGCUAAAACUUUAAACUUGGACAAUGAGGAUCU